UUGUUGCUUAUGCCACCGCUGAUGUUUUUUUUUGUCGUCGCUGCUGCUUUUUUGAAUAAUAAUAAAUUGAGAGCUAAAAAUAUUUCCAAAAAUAUCGUCAUCACAAGAACGAAAUAUAUAGAAAAGAAUUUCUAGGGGAUAAGGUGAAACCAUAAUAAUAAAGAAAAUAAUAAAAGAUCAUGAAAAAUAAUUUACAUAAACAAAUGUGCAAAAACGUAUAAAAUAAGAAAAAUAAAAAUUUGCAAAAACUUAAAACUCAACUAGGCAUAGCGAAAGGGAAAGGAAAACAACAUAGCACAUCAAACACCGAUACACAAACAAUAACAAAAGGGAUUGGAAAUACCCACGUAAACACAAAAAAAAAAAAACCGACAACCAACGCAAUCAACCAAACUAUCAGUCAGUACAAAACACCACACAGAAACAUUAAUAAAGGAUGGGUGUCAUUUGGUCAAAAUUUAGGAAAGAAAAAUCCACCCAAGAGGUGUUGGAAGCCCUACAAGAAAAAAUCGACACAUUGGAGACUUUCACCGUCAAUACACAGGAGCAAAAGAAACGUAUUGUUGGCAAUUUUCUAGCCGUUUCCAUUGGUGUUUAUGUGAUAGCAUUUGCUGUCUUUUAUUUUGUCUAUUUUCCACCCACUUGGCAGGAGAGAAUUGUAUAUUUUGUGCCGCUUUUACUAUUUCCCAUAAUUAUCAUUUUACUACGUUAUCUCUUCACCUGGUAUUUCCAACGUAAAUUAAACAAAAACUCAAAAAAACUAACAGCACUAAGAGCUGAAAAGAAAAAAAUCUUAGAACAAGUAAUGGAUAAAGAGACUUAUAAAGUGGCCGUGAAUCUCUUGGCACGUUUUGCCGAUAAACCCAGUAAAACAUCAUUUGCUUUAAGCUCCUCAACACCCAGUAAACUUAAUCAAACUCUCCACAAUCGUUCUUUACCCUCGGCAAAUUUCAAUCAAAGAUCUAAACAAUUGGCUUUAACAUCAUCGUCAGCGGUAACAACAACAUCAACACCCUCACCCAGAACUCCUGUCAACUAUAUGAUGAGCACAAAUACUCCACGUUUAAUUUCACAAAUGAGCCCAACAGCAACAUUAUCACCUUCAUCGACGGCUUUGAUGUCACAACAUAGUGGACUCAAUCAACAGCUAAGACGUCGUACACCCUUUCCGAUUGUCAAUCAACAGGAUAAGGGUGUAUUUGAUCGUAUUGUUGAUGUUUUAAUAGGUGAUGGACCACAAGAUCGUUUUGCCAUGAUUUGCAAAGAAUGUUAUUCUCAUAAUGGAAUGGCUUUAAAAGAUGAUUUUGAAUAUACAACAUUUAGAUGUGCAUUUUGUAAUGCUUUAAAUCCGGCUCGUAAAUCCCGACCAGUGGCACCACGUUUAUCGGUUAUGCCCGCUGCUCCUGCAGCUGGUAAUGCUGGCAGUGAUACUUCAGAUUCAGAAGAUGAAAAAGAUGAUUCGGAUGACGAAGCAAGAAAUUUGAAUGGCAAUACAACAGCAACAACAACACAAUUUUCUACACCUAGCAACAUCAACAAUCUUGCUGUAAAUAAAGAAAAUGAAAAUGCUGUAACAACAACAUCACCAACAUCAUCCACAACAUCAUCCGAUGUAGAUGAAGAAAAUCACGAAACUAAACAACAACCACAAAGUGGUGAACUGAAUGAAGAAGUUGUAAAAGAAACUUCAGAAUUAAAAACAAAUUCAUCACUGGAUGAAUUACUUAAACAAUUAAAUAAGUCUGAUUCUGCCAUAGAGGACAAUACAAUGAGUCCCGAAUAAAUAAAAGAGAGAGAGAGAGUGAGAGAUAGAGAAAUACAAUAAAUCUCUAAUGCAUGCAACAGCAACAAAAACAACAACACAUAAUGAAUAUUCAUGAAGUUACAUAAAGAAAAUGUUGAAUUUAAAAAAAAAUAAUUUUACAAUUUUUUUCCUUAGUUUUGUUACUUAUUUUUAACAUUAAUUUCUUAAUUUUUAAUAAUUUCUUAAAAUUUAUUUUUGAUUUUGUAAAAAAAAUGUAAGCAAUUUAUUUAUUUAUUAACAUUUAGAUUGUUAAACAAGCAAAAUGCAAACCCUUCCUUUAACUAAUGCUUUUAAAGAAAAUAGCAAUUAUUUUAGAUGAAAUAAAAUUUUGAAUGAAAAUACUUUUUCAAAAAAAUACAAAAAUUUAAUAAAGAAAUAUUUUUAGA